AUGACUGUUUAUGUUCCUCCUUUAAAUUUUUCACUUGUGGAAGAUGGUAUAUAUAGAUCAGGACAUCCAGUACCCAUAAAUUUCCCAUUUUUACAAACUUUAAAUUUGAAAACUGUUAUUUAUUUAGGUGAUAAAACUGAUAAUUUUGAAUAUUAUAAAUUUUUAAAAUCAAUGAAUAUAAAUUUUGUUUAUAUUCAUAUGGAAUCAUCAAGUGAACCUUUUAUAAUGAAUGAUCCUGAUGCUAUUAUCCAGGCAUUAAAAUUGAUUAUAAAUAUUGAAAAUUAUCCAAUUUUAAUUCAUUCAAAUAAAGGUAAACAUAGAAUUGGUGUAUUAGUGGGUAUAAUGAGAAAAUUAUUACAAGGUUGGUCAAUGACUGGUAUUUUCAAUGAAUAUGAUAAAUUUGCAGGUGGGAAAGGUGAUUCUGAUAUUGAAUUUAUUGAAGUUUUCCAAACUGAAUUAGAAGGUAGUUUACAAAAAUUACCAAGUUUUGUUAGAUUAGAUCAUUAA